CUUUGUUUGGGUCUCCUACGUGUAGCCCGCGUUCAGAUUUCUUCAUCUACCACCACCGUCAAUUCCCGGAUUUUGCACGAGUUUGUGCUCGAAAACUGUUGAAGGACGCGUAAAAAGGAUCCUUCCGUCUUUGUUUGUGUAAUUGAGGUCUGUGGGAGUGCUCGACGGCCUUGAUACACAGUUCGCAAGCUCAUUUCCUUUGUUUGACGUGUUUUCUUAACCGCAGACGGCUGUCCUUCGAAGCUUUUGGCCCUGUGUUUUCUGUGCUGGUCGCAUACUGAAGACGUAAAACACUCGUUGGGGUCAGAAACGUAUAGAGCUUAUCCGUGUUUGUUUUUAGCGGUUGUGUGUUUGUUGACGUAAAAAGGUUUCGUGACCGACCUGCGGUAUUUCUGACGGUUUCUUCAACAGUUACCCCUCGUUUAUACGUGUAACGUGUCUUGUUUAUCUGGUAAACGCUAUAGAAAGUGGUGGAUUUGUGCGACAAAUACUGUUUCUGUGAAUUUAACACACUUUCACAACCACUGUGUUUUCAUCAAACUAUAUUGAGCUUCGGCUUACAUAGAAAUGAAUCCGGCUCUUCAUUUACGACCGGAAGACAGAAUUGGUCUGAUUCUCGGGGACUGGCUUCGAAUUGUCGCAAUCAUCGGAAUUGGCACCUACGGAGUCGUGUACCGUGCCGUUGAUAUUUACGACAGCAGCGUAUACGCUGUAAAAACACUUUCCAAGACCGGUCUUAGUGCCAGUCAACGAGAUCAACAGGCCCGGGAACUGGCCUUGCACGCAAAAGUCCAAUCCCACACAAGCAUUCUCUCGUUAUACCGUGUGCUGGACACCGACGACGCAAUCCAUGUUGUAUUGCAAUACUGUCCAGAGGGCGACCUAUUCUCUCAUAUCACGGAAAAAAACGCGUACGCCGGAAAUGAUACGCUUAUCAAACAUGUGUUUCUGCAAAUCGUGGACGCCAUUGAGCAUUGCCACUCAAAAGGCAUAUAUCAUCGCGACUUGAAGCCAGAAAACAUCCUCGUUGAUAAUAACAGCACCAAAGUCUAUUUAGCUGAUUUUGGUUUGGCGACGACUGAGUCGUGGUCGAUGGAUUACGGGUGCGGAAGCCUGUUUUACAUGUCGCCCGAAUGUCAGCAAAAUGAACAGUCCAACUCACAAGCUCUACAGCCUCAACCAUCACAGCAGAACGGCUCAGCCUCCACACCCCAGCAAAAGGGCUUUUCCACGGCUGCUAAUGAUGUUUGGGCUCUCGGGAUCAUCCUCAUUAAUCUUACUUGCCAACGGAAUCCCUGGAAACGCGCUUGUGCCCAAACCGAUGGAACGUACCGCACCUUCUUGCACAAUCCCUAUUUCCUCCAGUCCAUACUGCCGAUCAGCUAUGCCCUCAACACCCUCCUCAACCGUAUUCUCGACCAUAAUCCCCUCACACGCAUUACCAUACCAGAGCUGCGCGUCGCCGUAGAAAACUGUCCGGCCUUCUCUCGACGGCUCCGGCCGCAACCCCUUAUAUCCGAGCGUUUUUACGCUGUCCAGAAACAGCAGCAGCAGCAGUAUCAGCAAUCGGGUAAGAAAGUGCAUAUUGGUCUUCCAUGGCCUCCUACACCGCAGGUGCUGCAACCGCAGUCGCCCUGGGCUCCGACAUCACUGGCACAAGCCCGUGCACCUGAAAUAUCUACACCGCCGCUGUCUGCUGCUCCGACAGCUACGUCUGUGUAUGCAUCCACUCCGCGAACGCCGACGCGCCUUUCAACGGCGGCCACCUCGCUUAAGGACAUUAGUCCUGAAGCAGCCAAUGUCUACGCUGGACCGUUUAGUCGAAGUUUGAAUAUGCCGCAGGUAAUGCCCCUUUCGCCCUAUCACCAGGAAUGGCAUCCUCAACUUUACCAACAGUCUCUAAACGGUUAUUCGCCGGCUGCUUGUUUGCGACGGUUCGAUGUAUGAGCAGCAUAAUUCCUGUCGUCCAAAAGCCAUGGACCCGGACUUUUGCAUAAUUCUUGCCCCGCUUUGCAACAGGCGGGGCAGUCUUGCUGCUGCUUCUGUUGAUGAUGAUGAUGAUGAAUGUCGUGAAGCGUAAUUGCUAAAUGCGCUGGAAAACAUCAUUCUGAGCGCAUCCUCGUGUACCCGUGUACCUGUGUAUUUUUCUCUUUUUUUUUUCUUUUUUUAUACUUUCUCCUUUUAUUUUUCUGUUAUUUUUCUUUAAUUAUUUCAUCUUUUCUUAUUAAACGGCACUCUUUCUCGGUUUUUCUUAUUUUAACAAAUAUUCGCGUUUCUCCUUUUCAAUUCCUUUCUCUUUUUCGUUUCGUUCAUGCAGUUUCUCAAACAAAUCGGCGGAUCGCUUGUCCCUGGUUUCCCUGUGUGUUAUGGAUACACUUGCUGAAUGGAAAUACAGAGUCUGCAAUUCUUGUUCACUCACAUCUGUUGUCUUUUUAUACGAGACAAUUGCUUUACUUGCGACAAUUAUAGUCGCCCAUCUUUCGCUUUGCUUACCGAACACGUUGGUAACGCAAGUCCAACUAUUAAGAAAAAUCAACCACAAUUAAACACAAAAACGCGGGCGCAUGUUGCACAUCCCAUGGCAAAGGAAUUUAUCUCAAUUAAACGUCCCUUCUAUCAGGCGAGCUUCGUGCACCCUGUGGACCUGCUCCAAUGACCAACAUUCGCUACUAUGUGCGCCAUUCCAUCGCUGGCGCCCUUGUAGCAAGAAAAUAGACAACGCGUGACAUCAUCCCCACGAUCGGGCAUCGCGGAGAACCCCACACUGCUUAAAGCGAACCUUAUCCUUGGUUGGUUCACAAGGCACGUGAACACGCAGCCGAGCCAUCCCUCGGAGAAGGGGCAAAUAAGCAUCGCUAACCAGAUUCGCUUAUUACGGACGAUACUGCACGCUAUUCGCAAACCCAGACGCACGGAACACGCUUAUUGGCGCAGCGGAGUCUUAGGGUUACUAGAUGGAUCGAAUCGCAGCACAUGCAACAAAUCAUCUGUGCACACCAUUUCUCCGCGAUAAGCAGCUUUUGCACGCUGUCAUCAUGCACACGUCACCGUCGCGCUUCAUCUAGUGUGUGUUCGGACGCGGGUGAAAAAUUUGUCACAACGUAUCCGUCCCCCCCUCACCCCCUAAAACGUGCCACCACUGCAUUAGUUAACAAUUUCUCUAAGAUGCCCGUGCAUAGAAACAUCAUAAUGUCAUUAGUGAAACCAGUUCCGCGCUUCCUGAGCUCAUGCAUACACGCGACAGCCGUCGUCGGGUGUGGAAAAGUCUCGGGGUUUUUGGCUCGAGCGCCGAUGUCAACGGUCGCGCUUAUUAGGCGAUGCCCACUAAUGACGUCUGGCGGAACAAUCACUCGUCGCUCAUUGGCUACAGGCUGGCCAGGACGGCUCCGCAGUGGCAAUCAGCUGAUAGGUUUUUCCGAGCCCAGCCUGCCUCGAGGGUAUAAAAGGAUCAGUGUUCGUCCCCAUUCAUCAUCACAU